AUUUCUUAAAUUUUUUACAAUGCCAUGAGUACAGUAAACAGUUGCUAAGUAUGUUGGUUUUAUUUUAUUUUUAUCCUUACAGAAACUAUUUAAAAUGUACUGUGAGGAGAUUAUAAGAAAUGUAUAAAAUACAUUAAGUGGCAAAUUAAUUUUAAGGAGGAGGGUAGUCUAAAAUGCAUUACGGUACUUCUGUACAGAAAAUAAAAUCUAAUCCUCUGGCCCUCUGAAAUCUCUAAGGUUGGAUAGCAUCUGUAUGGUUAUCUCAUUGAAAGAUCACUUUUGGAAGCCCUGUAAGCAUCAGAAAGAGUUAUUUUGUCGUGUGUGUUUAAGAAGGAACAUAGACUGUGAUUCCCAAUUUGAGGGUCAUGAAGUCCUUGGGGACUUAAAAGAAAUCAGGGAAUGGCGUUUACAUUACAAGAACGACAAAUGCUUGGUCUCCAAGGACUUCUACCUCCCAAAAUAGAGACACAAGAUAUUCAAGCUUUACGAUUUCAUAAAAACGUGAAAAAAUUGAAUAGCCCUUUGGAAAAAUACAUCUACAUAAUGGGAAUACAGGAAAGAAAUGAAAAAUUGUUUUAUAGAAUUUUGCAAGAUGAUAUCGAAAGUCUGAUGCCAAUUGUAUACACACCAACAGUCGGUCUUGCCUGCUCCCAAUAUGGACACAUCUUUAGAAGACCUAAGGGAUUAUUUAUUUCAAUCUCAGACAGAGGUCAUGUUAGAUCAAUUGUGGAUAACUGGCCAGAAAAUCAUGUUAAGGCCGUUGUGGUGACUGAUGGAGAGAGAAUUCUGGGUCUUGGAGAUCUGGGUGUGUAUGGAAUGGGGAUCCCAGUAGGAAAACUCUGUUUGUAUACAGCUUGUGCUGGAAUACGGCCUGAUAGAUGCCUGCCUGUGUGUAUUGAUGUAGGAACUGAUAAUCCAGCACUCUUAAAAGAUCCGUUUUACAUGGGCUUAUAUCAGAAAAGAGAUCGAUCACAGCGCUAUGAUGACCUGAUUGAUGAGUUUAUGAAAGCCAUUACUGACAGAUAUGGACAGAACACACUUAUUCAGUUUGAAGACUUUGGAAAUCAUAAUGCAUUCAGAUUCUUGAGAAAAUAUCGAGAAAAGUAUUGCACCUUCAAUGAUGAUAUUCAAGGGACGGCUGCAGUAGCUUUAGCAGGUCUUCUCGCAGCACAAAAAGUUAUUGGGAAGUCGUUCUCAGAACACAAAAUCUUAUUUCUUGGAGCAGGAGAGGCUGCUCUUGGAAUUGCAAAUCUCAUCGUUAUGGCCAUGGUAGAAAAUGGCCUCUCAGAAGAAGAGGCACAAAAGAAAAUUUGGAUGGUUGACAAGUUUGGUUUAUUAUUUAAGGGACGAAAAGCUAAAAUCGAGAGUCAUCAGGAGCCCUUUGCUCACUCAGCCCCAGAGCAUAUACCUGAUACUUUUGAAGAUGCAGUAAACAUACUCAAGCCUUCAGCUAUAAUUGGAGUUGCAGGAGCUGGCCGGCUUUUUACCCCUGAUGUAAUCAAAGCCAUGGCUGAUAUCAACGAAAGGCCUGUAAUAUUUGCAUUGAGCAAUCCUACAGCAAAGGCUGAAUGCACAGCUGAAGAAGCAUAUACACUUACAGAGGGAAGGUGUUUGUUUGCCAGUGGCAGUCCAUUUGAGCCAGUGAAACUCAAUGACGGGCAAGUAUUUACACCAGGCCAAGGAAACAAUGUAUAUAUUUUUCCAGGUGUGGCUUUAGCUGUUAUUCUCUGUAAUACCCGGCAUAUUAGUGACCAUGUUUUCCUAGAAGCUGCAAAGGCACUGGCAAAUCAAUUGACAGAUAAAGAGCUAGCUCAAGGGAGACUUUACCCACCACUUGCUGAUAUUCAGGAAGUUUCUAUUAACAUUGCUAUUAAGGUUACAGAAUACCUGUAUGCUAACAAAAUGGCUUUUCGAUACCCAGAACCUGAGGACAAGGCCAAGUACAUUAGAGAAAGAAUAUGGCGAAGUGAAUAUGAUUCGUUGCUGCCAGAUGUUUAUGAUUGGCCAGAAUCUGCUUUAAGCCCUCCCCUGAUAACAGAAUAGAAGCAUACCCACUGAGAAAUACUUUCCAUGCUUCAGGGAAACCGUUUUUUUCAGACAAAAAGAGAGAAUGUUCUCAAAUUUAUGGUUUUUUCCUGUGUUUUAUUCUCCCCCACCGCUUUGCUUGACUUAUUCUUUUCAUGAAUUUAUACUUCUGUAGAGGGUAGAUGUGUUGGCUAUAUUGUUAAUGCCCACCAGGACCCUGCAAUCAAAUAACCAUAAUGCUUUCAUUCUGAUUUGUAGCUCAUACCACAUCAAAGAGAUGUUCCAAAUGUAUUUAUCAAUGUCUUCACUUGUGCUCUUAUUCCUGCUUGCCAAAGUAUUCGCUAUUUACUAUUAUAAUAAUGAUCUUCUCUCCCCAGCCCUAGAAUCGAAAUUUACUUCUGUGGAUAGGAGUAUAGAAUUUUAAGAAGCCAAAUCUAACCAAAUUCUGAGGACAAACUGUCAGUAUCUGCAAGUCUUCUUUUUGUCUGCCUCAUUUUAUCUUUAUGCUCUGAAAUCCCUUUCGAGUUGAUAAAUCUAGAGAAAUGUGAAAAAUCUACCCUGUUAUUUACUUUCUGGACCUAAUUUGAAGCUUUAACAUCAUGAGAGAGAAGUGGGAAGUAUUGCUGCCUUUAGACAAAUAAACAAAAUAGUCAUUGUUUUCAAUAGUGUAUAAAAAUCAUAGUGUAACUUUUUUAUUUAAUAAAGGUAAUACCCUAAAUUUAA